GGGCAGAUCCUAUGAAGAAAUACUCGAGACAGAGGGGAGGAGUAAAAAUACGGCUCUGCAGUUAACAUGCCUGCAUGGUGAAUGAGCGCAGUGGAAAGGCAUAGUAUUGAGGCUGCAGUCCAUGGGAUCAGUGCAUGCCAUUUAACUUUUUUUUUUUUUUUUUUAAGUUUUCCAUGUGCAGCUGAUCUGCUGAGGCUACCCUGCAGGAGAAACAUACUUUGAAGAGAGUUUCUGUAACUGAACUUGGACCAUCAUCUUACAGCAGGUGUUAACAUGCUGGAGCAGGUUCUUUCUUUUGGCCGCUCCCUGGUGCGAAGGAAAGUAGUCGACCUGAGCAGCCUCGAGGACUCUAAGCUAUGCCGCUGCCUGGGAACCGUCGACCUCAUUGCCCUGGGAGUGGGCAGCACUCUGGGCGCCGGUGUCUAUGUGUUGGCUGGAGAAGUGGCCAAGGGUGAUUCAGGUCCCAGCAUCGUCAUCUCCUUCCUGAUUGCUGCCCUGGCAUCUGUCAUGGCCGGCCUGUGUUACGCCGAAUUUGGGGCACGUGUCCCCAAGACAGGUUCUGCUUACCUUUACAGUUAUGUGACUGUAGGAGAGAUCUGGGCUUUCAUCACUGGCUGGAACCUCAUUCUGUCCUAUGUGAUUGGUACCUCCUCUGUUGCCAGGGCUUGGAGUGGCACGUUUGAUGAAAUGAUAGGAGGACACAUCGAGAUCUUCUGUAAAACAUACUUCAGCAUGAACUCCCCUGGUUUGGCUCAGUACCCUGACUUCUUUGCUGUCUGCCUUAUACUGCUGCUCUCUGGUCUCCUGUCAUUCGGGGUGAAGGAAUCAGCCUGGGUCAAUAAGGUCUUCACUUUAAUCAAUGUCCUGGUACUCUUGUUCGUCAUCAUCUCUGGCUUCGUCAAAGGAGAUGCACACAAUUGGAAUAUAACUGAAGAAUCCCUGAUAAAUGUUACCAUAGUUACAAGGAACCUGUCGGUGACGGCCAACGUGACCAGUGAUUAUGGAGUCGGAGGAUUUAUGCCCUACGGUUUCAGUGGGACAUUGGCUGGAGCUGCCACCUGCUUCUACGCUUUUGUGGGAUUUGACUGCAUCGCAACAACAGGUGAGGAAGUGAAGAACCCACAGAGAGCCAUUCCCAUUGGUAUCGUGGUGUCGCUGACCGUGUGCUUCCUGGCGUAUUUCGGCGUGUCGGCUGCGCUCACACUGAUGAUGCCCUACUACCUGCUGGACGAGAAGAGCCCACUGCCAAUGGCCUUUGAAUAUGUGGGCUGGGGUCCCGCCAAAUAUGUUGUUGCUGUGGGUUCACUGUGUGCCCUGUCAACCAGUCUGCUGGGCUCCAUUUUCCCUAUGCCUCGUGUAAUCUAUGCUAUGGCAGAGGAUGGGGUGCUUUUCAAAGCCUUAGCCCGAAUCAAUCCUAAGACGAAGACCCCACUUAUUGCCACUAUGACCUCCGGUAUAGUAGCAGCCAUCAUGGCUUUCCUGUUUGACCUAAAAGCGCUGGUCGACAUGAUGUCCAUUGGAACACUUUUGGCCUACUCACUUGUUGCUGUGUGUGUACUGAUUCUCAGGUAUCAGCCAGAUGGGGCUCUGGAGAGGCGGGCGGGUACAGGUGAGAGGGAUUACCUGUCAUCUGAAGGGGAGUCCGACCUGACGGAGUCCGAGUCUCACCUCAACAUGCUGAAAGGCGGAGGCUCCACCCUGCAGACCGUCAUGCACCCCCCUGUUACACCAUCAGAGCAUUCCUCCAGCGUGGUCAACAUUUCAGUUGGUGUAAUAGUGCUGAUGGUGUGUGUUAUCAGUUAUUUCACCACAUAUCACACCGGUCCCAUCAUCAAUAUGGAGGUGUGGAUCCUGGCACUUCUGUGCGUGUGCCUCCUCAUAUUCGGUGGAAGUGUCUUCAUGAUCAGCAGGCAGCCUCAGACAAACAAGAAAGUGUCCUUCAUGGUUCCUCUUCUGCCAUUUCUGCCCAUUCUCAGCAUAUUCGUCAACAUUUACCUCAUGGUUCAGCUGAGUGGAGACACAUGGAUACGGUUUUCUGUGUGGAUGGCUGUUGGUUUCUUGAUCUACUUCGGUUACGGCAUGUGGCACAGUGUGGAGUACCGGCGGCAGCUCCACGGUCCUCACCGAGGCCAGGACCACAGUGAGGGCGACAGAGAGAAACAUGGAGGCCUGGAGGCAGGAGGAAAGGACCAGGAGCGUUUCAUCUGCCCAGAGAAGACCAGCCAGUGUUAACCAGCAGCUCAUUCACAGACUCCACCAGGUCACCCAGUGACACAGCGGCCUGCCACGAAUGCGUAAACGCACACAGCAGCUAUACCAUUGAUGCACCUGUACAUACAGCUUCACCACCUGUACCGUUGCCAUGGCAGCGUCAGCGUCUCUGUAUCUGUGGUCACAUGACUCGGAGCUGCCAUCUCCUGGUGUCUGUCUCUGUGACAGGACCACAUCCUGUAGGUCACUAUGUGCUUUCUGGACAGCAGGGGGCAGAAUUGAAAGGACAGGUAACACACUGGAGAGUAAUGUUCAUUUCCUUUAUCGAUGACGCAGCCGAUACGAGGCUACGACAAACCUUUAGUUUCAUUAUGGACUAACGUGUUUAGUUCAUGCCUCACUUUUUUGUCUUUCCUGUUCAGUUUUUACAGCUUUGUAAAAAUGUAGCCUUUAAAUAUGUCAAUUUAAAGAGAGAUUUUUACAUGUCGAUUAUGUGCUAGUAUUGAAUUAUGGGGGAGAAGCACUCUGAUAUAAGUUUACAGCACUAAAUAAUGGAUGGGUUUAAAAGGUGUUGUGACUGUUCAGUGCAGAAUUCAUGCAGAUGUUUCAAGAUCAGAAAUACUCACCCAUAUUUAGACCAAUGCACAGUAUGUCAAAUAUGUUUUAGGCACUUACACAUGAAAAUUUCAGGCUUCUGCAGGUAUUAUGUAAGAUUUCUUAGAUAUCUUUGUUGUAGUCGCUGUUGUAGUUGUGGUUUGCGUGAAGCACAGGUUUACUUUUUUUAUUUAGACUCACGUGUUAUAUCUAUAAACUGUUACAAUCUGGAUACGAAGAUUGUGAUUUUAGAUGACAUUUUACUCAAAAAAUAUUUCUAAUUCCCUUUAUUUCAUUCUCUUACAGAAACUAUGUAUUGCCAUUUUUUGUGCUGUGUAGAUAUAUUUGCAGAAAUGAUGUAAAUAUAACUUUGAUGAAAUUACCCGUACCUUUCAAGCUAACAAAAGCACAACUAUUACAUGUAAGUUGAAGUAUUAUAUCGAUAACAUAUGGACAUUUUCCAGCUUUCUUCACUUAUUCUUGUGUCUCGACUCUGUACCUUUAAGACUGGAGUCUGUGUUGCUGAGACGCCUAAAUAUUCAGUACUUACAUUUAUUCUUCAGAGGUUUUUGGGGCCAAAUGUGCGCCUCAUUUGUGCUAUGAAGUGUACGGCUCAGUGAGCUCUAGUGUCAGUGUUUUAUUUACAUAGAUGACGAGGCCAGAUACUGAGGCUGGGGGAUGUUUGGUGACUGAUCAAGGUGAGUUCAGGGGUCUCAGAAACUGUGGAACAAAUUAAAGGGUUAGAACCUCUAUGUCUGUACAGAGUAGAGCCUUCAGUGAAGUUACAGGAUUAAUGACAUGGUGUAAUGAAUGAAUGGUGUCAUGUCACUUGUUACAAACUGUAAAGAUAAACACAAUAAAUGUAUUUUCCAGUAAGA